GCUGCCUGGCUGGAUGUUGGUCAUAUGAUGCGCGUUUUUUUCACCGUGUCUGCAGAAAUCGAGGAAGAGUCGCUUUUAUUUUCACUGUCACUAAAAAGGAAGGUGCUUUUAUAAAAAGGCAAGCGUAGAAGAAGGCCUUUCUUCACCUGGGAAAAAAGGGUACAAUGACUGAAGCGUCGCUGGAGCGGUACCGAGAGAGAAUCCGGACUGAACUGGACCGGGUCGUGGAUUUCUGGCUGAAGUAUUCCCAUGACCGGGAGCACGGGUGACAUGAUUCACUAUAUAACACGUGUCUGUAGCUGCAUUUCCUUUUUAUAUGCCUAAUUCUUAAAAUAUCUAGAUGCAAAAAUAUUUAAGCCUGAUUUAACAAACAUAAAUGCAGCGGUGAAACUGCGCUCAACACUGAACCCUGAGGGACACCAGUCAUUCAGACAGCAUACAUAAAUAUUCUGAAAUGAGAGUGUCAUAUAUACAUACUUUGCUGAGGUAUAAGUAUUGAAGUUAAUGUGAAAUUGAACUGAUUUAACAAUGCCCUGUUGAAUGUUUGUUUCAUUUUGACUUUAGUGGGUUUUUUAACUGCCUUGGAAAAGAUGGGAAGGUCUAUGAUGAGCUGAAGUAUGUGUGGUUACAAGGGAGACAGAUAUCUGCUAGGUCUGGAUGUACAGCAGGUUGUAUCGUACAACGGAAAGAUUUCACAGACCUGAGAUUCUUGAGGCUGCUAAAUCAGGCGCAGCGUUUCUGCAGAAGUUCGCUCGAGUUCAGGCCUCCAGCGGGCCGGGGAAAUGUGCCUUCUGCUUGACGAGAGAUGGGCGAGCGGUGAAGGUUCAAAGGACGAUAUUCAGCGAGUGUUUCUAUGUGAUGGCCAUGGAUGAGCUGUCAAGGGUUACACAAGACAAAGAGAUGCAGGCAGAUGCCGAGGGCAUGAUGGACCAGCUGAUAUUCUGGGUUCAGACCGAUUCGUCAGAUCUUGGUCGUCCUCAACUUCCUGGUGAUCUGCCAGUCAACAGCAUGGCAGUUCCCAUGAUGCUCCUGUGCCUCGUGGAUCAGCUGACAGAGGGCAGAACCGAUGUUGCAAAAAAAUACAAAGACCUGAGCGGAUGGUGUGUGGAACGGAUAUUGCAGCAUAUACAGAGAGAGGGAAAAGCCAUUUUGGAAAACGUCACAUUGAAUGGAAAGGAACUUCCUGGCUGUCAAGGGCGGUUGCAGAACCCUGGUCACGCUCUGGAGGCUGGCUGGUUCCUGCUGCAGUACGCGCUGAAGGAAGGAGACGUGCAGCUGCAGAAGACAGCAGUGGAUAAGUUCAUGGAGAUCCCCUUCCACACCGGAUGGGACGAGCAGCAUGGCGGCCUCUUCUACUUCCUGGAUGCAGAUGGUCAUUGUCCGACUCAGUUAGAGUGGAAUAUGAAGUUGUGGUGGCCUCACUGUGAAGCUCUGAUUGCUUACCUGAUGGCCUACAGUCACAGCAGAAAGCCUGUGCUACUGGAGCGCUUCAAGCUGAUCUAUGACUACACCUUCACACACUUUUCUGAUGAAGAACACGGCGAGUGGUUUGGAUAUCUGAGUCGUCAGGGAGAGGUUGUGCUGGAUUUCAAAGGAGGACCCUUCAAAGGGUUCUUUCAUGUUCCUCGCUGUCUCUACAUGUGUGAGAAGCUUCUGGACGCUCUUCUUGAAAGGCAGAAUUCUUGAACUGACCAGUUUGCAGAAAAAUGCUAUUGUAAAAUUAAUCGGUCUAAUAAGGUCUUACAGUAUGGGUUAAAAUGAUCAAUUUAAGCCAUUCACACAUUUUAAAUGAAAAAGGGACCAGUUUUAAUUUUUUAGCCAUGCUUAAAUACUGUCUUUGCUAGUCCAAUUUCUUUAUAUGAAAAGUUGAUUCAGCUGUGAGUUUAUAAACUCUGAUCACUCUGCUCUUAUGAGUGCCUUUUUUUUGCAUAUGCUGCAGUAUAAAACAUGCCAAAUGUGCUGACUAAAUGUUGAUGUCUAUUUAAAGUCA